UAUGAUUUAGAGUUGACAGGCUGUAUGUGCUUGCCACAUCAGAGCAAGUUGUUGCUUUUUGUUGUGUGUUUAAAAACAAUAACACCCAAUCAAAGCUUAAAAAUUUUGUUACUAUAAAUUAAUAGUAUGUUUUAGGCAGUAAUAGCACAGUUGUGUGGUGCUCGGUUGUUUAGAAAUGUGUAAAUAACUUGCCAAUUGUCACAGCAUUGAACACGUCAGAUCUUUCAGCGCAGCAUCCGUUACCGAUAAAAAGCCCAAAGAAUCAAAAGAGUUCUUUAUCAAUCGGAACCGGAGGACUACAGCUGAGUAAGGCUAAGCAAAUCAGUAAAAAAAAUUUAUUUUGACGAAACAGAGAGAGCGCUGUAAAAGGACCAAACAUGGCUGAAACUAAUAUUGAUGUCAGCGGCGAAAUGGAAGUGCCAUCGCGUCCAGCCGCUGGACAAAAUAAGUUCAAUAUUGAUCUGGAAAACUUAUCCGUAUUGCAGAAUUUACCCUCGCCAUUGGAGCUGGUGCACUCGGUGCGACGAUCGCUGCGUCCAUGGACGGUGUUCUUUAACUUGAACAAUUUCAAGAGUGCUGUCAGCAUGCAACGCAUGAAAAAUCGUGUUUCGCGUAAUAUAACAUAUUUCCAAAGCAACUAUAUAUUCAUAUUUUUUGUACUGAUGAUAUACUGUCUAAUUACAUCGCCACUGACUCUGUUGGUCGUAGCCGCAGUUGCCUUUGGCUGUCAUAAGAUACAAUCGGUGAAUAAGGAAGUCAGUAUUGCGGGCUGUCAGGUAACACCACAGCAGCAGGUACUGGCUCUCAACGUGGGUGCGGCACCUUUGCUGUUAUUAGCUGGCGCUGGAGCCGUUCUAUUUUGGACACUGGGCGCCUCCUGCUUUGUCAUCUUCAUGCAUGCGAUAUUCUACAAUAUUGAUGCGAUUGUGACCGAGGAAAAUGAAGGCUUUUUGGAUGUCUAAUCGACGAACGACAACGAAUUAACUAUAAUCUUAAAUUCGUAUAGCAAAUUAGUUUUGCCACACAGGGGCCUUAUUAGACAAUAAGUUGGAAUUUCUAACAUAUAUAUAUAUUUCCAUAUAUAUAUAUAUUUUUUUAGUAUAUAAUCUUAACCAUAUCCGAUAUGUAAUUAAGUUUUAUCAGCAGCGCAAAAAAAAUCUGCAUUCAACGUAUUGACAAAAUACACAGCAAGAAACGA